GUGGUGGCGCCAUCGAAAUGGAACUGUCCAAAAUCCUGCGGGAAUAUUCACGAACCAUCGCUGGAAAGGAGCAACUGCUGAUCGCCGCCAUUGCUAAGGCUCUGGAGAUUAUUCCACGUCAGCUGUGCGACAAUGCUGGUUUUGACGCCACCAAUAUACUGAAUAAGCUGCGACAAAAACAUGCUCAAGGCGGUCAGUGGUUUGGCGUCGAUAUCACCAAGGAGCAUAUUGCCGACAAUUUCGACCAGUGCGUAUGGGAGCCUUCGAUUAUCAAGAUCAAUGCUUUAACUGCCGCUGCCGAGGCUGCCUGCAUGAUACUCUCCGUCGAUGAAACCAUUAAAAGCCCCAAUGCUGGCAAUCAGCAGAUGCCUAUGGCUGGCGGCAUGGGACGCGGCAUGGGAAGACCCAUGUAAGCUCAGUGUGCUCGCAUUUAAAUAAUUUUGUAACUUCAUCAUAGAAUCACAUCAAAAGUCAUUAACGCCAGGAGCUGAACUCACAUGCUAACUGUUUCUGCAGUAAAACUUUAAGUUUCUUUAUUAAAAUAUGGUAAUAAAAUGCUAGUUACUAACUUCCAAUAAACUGUA